AUGAAUUGCCUCUUCUGGAAUAUUCGUGGUAUUGGGAAAGGGGAGAAAAGCUUGUCCAUUAGGAACUUUGUAGAUAAGAAAAAGAUCACCUUCAUGGGCCUUGUGGAAACCAAACAUAGAAUUUCGCUCCAAAACAGGAUGAAAAGAAUGUGGGGUAACGAAGAAUUUGAAAUCUGUGAAGUAUUUGCAUCUGCUACGAACGGAGGGGGUGUAGUUGCGGUAUGGGACACAAAUACCUUCAAUGCCUCUGUCCAACAUACAGGGAAUAGAUGGAUACUUAUCGAAGGCACUAUCAUCGAACACAACUUUGAAUGCUGUGUGGGUAUCAUCUACGGCCACAAUGAUAGAGUGGGAAGAUUCACACUCUUUGAGGAACUUAGACUAAAGUUGGUGCGUAUCAAUAAGCCAACAUUGCUGCUGGGGGAUUUCAACGUAACACUUCAUGCUUGGGAAAGAGUUGGCUCCUACACAUGCGACCGUAGUAUGAGAGAAUUUUCAGAAUGGAUAGAUGAUCUGAAUUUGAUUGAUAUUCCUCUACAUGGGGUGAAUUUUACCUGGAGACGGAAUAACUCGCAAAGCAAGCUUGAUAGGGGUCUAUGUAGUCAAUCUUGGAUUACAAAAUUCUCGAACAUGAACUUGAUGGGCCUAAACAGAAGCACCUCUGAUCAUAACCCGUUACUCUUAACAUUGGUACCUCACGAAAACUGGGGUCCCAAACCCUUUAGGUGCUACGACGCUUGGUUCAUGAACCCCCAUUUCAAAGCUUUCCUUUCAAAUGAAUGGCGCAGUAUUCCUGAUGUACCUCUACACAACAAGAUGAAGAUCAUUAAGACCCCUUUGAAAUCAUGGCGUCGGGAAAACUUUGAUGUCAUAGACAAAAAGAUAGCUGAUUUGGAAGUGGUUAUACAUGAUUUGGAAAGGAAAGGUGAAGACAGAGUGCUCGACUCCGUGGAGAUGGCGAGACUGAAAGCGGCAAGUAGUAUUCUUCACUAG